AGAUUUUCUUCCUCUUCUAAAGAAAAACCGUAAUAUAUUAGAGUUCAGAAAAUGACGAGGCCUAUGUUCUAUUUAGUUCUCGUUGUUGUUUUCCUCACAAUCACAAACCCAGUUUUGGGUAUAAAAGAUCCAGAACUACAUCAAUGUAAACACCAGUGCAAGGUCCAAAAGCAAUUCGACGAGCAUCAGAGGAAAGAAUGUCUUGAAAUGUGCAAGGAAUAUCACCGUGAGAAGCAGAGAAGAGAACAUGAACAAGACUUUUUUACAGGCGGCGGUAGCCGGACUGAUAAUAACAACAACAAUAACAACGAUGAAAAUGAUUUGGUGAAUCAUUUGGUGAAUCGCGGCGAUCCGGAGAAGGAUUAUAUGAAGUGCAAGAAGCAGUGUCAAAGAGAAUCCCACGAAGGGCGUCACUCGCAACGCCAGUGCCAAGCGGUGCGAGGAGCAACGACACGAGAGCGAGAAAGAGCAGGGAAAAGAAGGUGACAACACUUCUUAUCUUCCAUGUUGAAACAGAGAGGAGGACGAAGAGGAAGGCGGUCGGGUCGAUGCAUGAUGAGCGGAGGAACCGUGGUGCUCCGCCUGCGAUGGCAGUCGGUAACAGCUCUUUUUGUGUGUGUGUAAUAACUCUGUUGUAGUUUUUGUACUUUUGUACUAGUGGUGAAUUAAUUAUAAGCGGUUUGACUAUAGCCAUAGAGUAGUUAUAAGCUGACUACAGCUUAUAUACAGUGGGCAAGGUGAUGUAGUUACAGUUUGCAAAUGUAAAUUCUGAAGAUGGUUCUAAGUUUAACAUAGAUAAAUCGUGACUCUGCGAAGUUCUGUAA